AGGACCCUACCAUCGAGUUUUUAUUCAUCUUUCCCAGUAGUGUGGAAAAACAAUCAGUAAUUUUUUCUAGCCUCUCUCUGUAUAAUAGUUUGAUUUUGUUUUAAAGAGACUUGUAGUCGCAAGUAGGUUUUCAAGCCUCUAUCUUCAGUGGUUGAGUACAUGAUCGUUCUAUAGUCGGUGUGUUAUCUUCUGAACGCCAACACAUUUCACUAAACGACGACACAAUUAAGUAAAGCUACGACCUGAGUCCACACAAAUGCAAAAAUCUUCUCGUGUAUCUACUUCUUACAGGUGCAGUAUUUUGUAAAAAAGUAGAUUGCGCAAGUGCGAUACUUCACUAAAAAAAAAUUAGAAUAACUCAUAAAAAAGUAAUAUGAAUCCCACUGCCUCAUCUGAAACCGCCGACAAGAACGCCCGGACCUACCUGCAGACAGCUGGCUCAACGAAUUAUGGGGCGGGAAACAAGUCGGCAGGGCCAAUAUCAGCAGAGGCUACUUCAGCUUCUAGGCUCCUCCCGACGCAAAGCAGUGUGAGUGCCGCCUCAGCGAUCCCGGCCCCGAUAGAGCGCGCGGCUUCACACCUGCGGCCGACUUUAUCCGUUUCCCACAAAAAUACGAACCUGCAACAACAGAACAACCAUGGGACGCAGAGCUGGGCGUGGUCUUGGGCACGGGGGUCGACGACGACGGCGGGGGGCAAUCAUGCUGGUGCAGGAGCUGCGGCACAUCUUGCUCACGAAACAGGCAUAGGUCACACGGCGGACGGAGCGGCAACACAGAACGGAGUGGUCGGUGGAGCGCAUGGACCACAUCAUGCUCUUCCGCCGGCGCAUGGUGGACAGCAGCACCAAGAGUUGCACCCGCCGCAAGUACAGGAGCAGCAGCAGCAAAAUGGUACAAGUACAGGGCAGUUUCAGAAUCAGAAGGGCAAAGGAAAGCAAGGCAGCUUUUCAUCUGGUGGAGCAGCUACUUCUUCCAAGAAUUAUACGGCAUCGGUCCAGCGGGCCGACACGUUCAACAGUGAGAGCCACGAUCAUCAAACUGGCGGCCACAGCGACGACGACGCGGUGUGGGUGCAGAACAUUUACGAGUUCAUGCUGGCGCUGCAGGAAGACGCAGACUUCCGGAAGCAGGUCGACCUCCCCCCGCUUUCCUCUUUAUCCCGACUUUCCUCCCAGCAGCCCCAGGACCCCCCGCAGAAGACCAAACGCGGGCGGCACAAGGUCGAGGCGAGUGCGUUUUUCCGGUAUCUGCGGACGAAGGGAAUACUCGAUGACGACAACCGCGUGUUCCCGGUGCGGGUGCGCGCGAAGCAGGUUUUGGACUGUCAGAAGCGCGGCGGAAAGUGGUUCGAGCUGUACGCCGCGGAGGAGCGGCACCAGCUGCAGAGGGCCGCGAGCUCCCUCGGCAGUCGGUCACCGGCAUUGUCUUUCCGCAGUAAAAACAGCGCGGAAAAUUUCGGCAGGGACAGUCAGUUGAGCUACGCCAGCGGCAGUUUAUUUGGGAACAAGUAUGGGAGUAAGGACGGGCAGUUCACUGGAGACACGAGCAAUCUGGAGGACGGAGAGGCGACAUUUGUCUUGCAGGGGUUCCCGAGCGUCUCCACCGCGGGGGGCGGGACAAUCUCUAUUGCACAUCAACAGCCCUCGAGUACAUCAAAACUGCUACAGGACGAUCAUGACAACAACUAUUUCAGUGCCGCCACGCUGGAACUACGACCUGAACCACAGGCGCAAGCAGUAGACUACCCGAAUUUAUUGCAGCAAACGGAGGAAGAUGUUGUCGAGGGGGAGCAACACUUACUCCUGAAAGACGACAACAAAACCUUCUUCGCGGAAAUGACGGAUGACGACCGGACGCCCCUGACAUUAGCGGAGGAGAAGGAUUUGCUGUUAUCCCAAACCGAGUUCAUCUUCAUUGUCCGCGGUUCGCCGGAGAUCAUCGCGCGGGCCUGCGCGAACGAUUUCGUGAUGAAAGACUUCGACGACUUCCAGACCGAUUGCUUCCAGAUCUACCAGGAUCUGAAGGACCACUGCAAGGGGGCGAAGGCCUCCUACAUUCCGCAACUGCAGUCCCAGAACGAAAACUGGUGGGCGGUGGCCGCCUGCACGGUGGACGGACAGCGGCUGGCGAUCGGAGAUUUUGCGAUCGAAUUCUGCCUGCAAUCCUGCUCCAAAACCAUCACGUAUGGGGCGGUGUUGGAGGGGGUGGGUGUGGAGCAAACCCACCGGCACGUCGGGUGCGAACCGAGCGGGAUGAUUUUCAACGCACUCGCGUUAGACCGGAACGGGUUGCCGCACAACCCGCUGAUCAACUCCGGGGCGAUCAUGUGCGCGGGGAUCUACUUCGCGGCGGCCAUCGAGCGGAAGAUGGAGUCGGCGAAAAAGAUGGAGGAGCAACAGCAGCUAGAGAUCGAGCGGAGCUUGAAGGGAAGCUUCGACGAAGAGAUGAGUCAAGAUUUAGUACUAGAAAAUGAUCAGAAGCAAGAAGAUGACACGACACUAGAAGAUGAAGAGGACAACAGUAGAUCCGAGACGUCUUUCCCCGCCUUUAAUACGCUGCCGCCGAGAAGCAAAUCCUGCCCGGAGCAUGUGAUGCUGGAGGGGAAGGCGAACAGCUGUUCCUCCGUGCUGGAGGAAGGCGUGCAUCUUGGAAAGGAGCAUAAUGGAGCUGCAAUCAACAUCAAAAACGGUAUCGUGGACGUCGGCCCUUCAUUAGGUACGAUGACCGGAGGUGCUGGGUUAACGAAUACGACCGCAGCUCCUGCUCUAUCGACCGACGGCUCCUCCGACCACGGUUUGAAAUUGGAGAGCAAAGCGUUUACGUUUGCCUCUACGUCCCAGGAGUGGACGGUGACCAAUCCACCUCCCGGGGCAGCAGGAGCUUCUGUUGAGGAAUCAUCUUCAAUGGGAUCUUCGAGUACAGCUCGUCCUCGUGCUGGAACUACAAAUGAUGUCAACAAAGCGAGCGUUGAAGGUUUUUACACCAACAAGCCCCUAGUACUUCCCACCCUCCCCUACGGUGGGGGUUUCGGCCUAGAUUCGGAGAUCACGACAGACAUGGACCAGCAACCACCCCCGCCACUCAGAAAAAGGCACACGACGCACGCAGAUGGCGUUCUUUUGUCAGCAGGAACGUCAACUAUGACGUCCAGAGGAAAUAAGAGAACAGAAACGGAAAGAAAUAAAGGGCAAAAUGGCGCGAGCAGUGCGGAGGAACCACCGCCCACAGGUCGUGACAAUAUUAACAUGAAGAUUGCGAACAGCAAAACCAACACUGGUUACCAGCAACCGCACCAACCUUCCGGAACAGAAAUGCGAAAUAGAAUACAGAUGAAUCCCGAGAUAAAUAACGUUGCCAACGGGAGUACUACUACCGGUCCCACCACUGUCGUUCAUCCGGGGGAACAAAACAACAAUAAUAGAGACAAUAACAACGAAGACGACGAUGAUGGUUUGCUGACGGACAUUCCGAAAAUCAUGAUCGAGUUCAUCCAAAACUUGUCAAAGGACGAAAACAUGAAUUGCUCGUCUCUCGCCGAGGCCUCAGGCCUGUCCAUCGAGCAGGUUUGGAAGAUUCUGAAGCGCGGGAAUGUGGUAUCACAGUGAAAAAUGCCCCCCACCCCUGAAAUUGCAAGAAUUUGUGAUGCGAAGUUUCCAAAUGAAAGCUUUUUGUCAUGCAUGAAAGGUGUACGAAUCUUUCUGAUGCAGAUUCUAGUCGUGUUUUGCAUCGCUUGCAUGACAAGCACCGCUCUUGCUGGGAUCUUUUGCAAUGCAAAUUUCUGCUAUUCACGAUCGGAAAUCUGUGAUGCUGAUACACACAAGAGGGCGAGUGUUUCAUUUGGAAAGAUUUGCAAUACAAAUGCUUUCAGGUUCGGGGGUGGGGGCAUUUUUCAUUGUAAUACGUGGACUACCUGAACACCCCGGGCACGAACGUGUACCACGAAACCCCGGUAUCAAAAGGAAAAAUCCCCCCUCCCCAUAUCAAAGCGGAAAUCUGUGAUGCAGAUUUGUUGUCACAAAUCAGCUUUGUCAUGCUACACGGGAAAAGAUGCGGACUGUAGUGCUGGGUGGCGUGGGGGAGCCUUGCAUCUUCAGCAUGAUAGGAGGCAGCUGAGAGUGGGCAACAGCAUGACAAAUUGCCUGCAAACGAGACCACGACUGCGGCUCUUGGCCUUCUAGCAUGGCAAGUCGAUUUGGUACCUCAAAUCCUGCGUCACAGAUUUCCAUUUCGAUAUGGGGAGGGGGGAUGUUUCCGUUUGAUACCCGGGUGGGGUGCCGGGAAGGGUGUUUGAGCCCUGGAACGAGGCGGAGAUGCUGGAGUACGAGGAAAAGGAGCUGGAAAUGCAAAGGUUGCUCGGUCUGGAAACCGACACGCACAAUAAUUUUGACGACGUUUACGAUCAUAAUUUUUACGGCGACGAAAAUAAUCCUUCGACGAACAACAAGUCAGUCCCAGCGUCGACGCAUGCGUUGCGGAGGCGGCACUCGAAAGAGAGGAUGGGGCGGAGAGCAAACCGGAGGGACUCCUUCACGGCAGCAGGAGGGGGGAACAAUGAACUGAGUGUGAGCCCCCCGGCGAGGGGUGGAGCGUCGAAUCUCCAAAUAAAUGCGCGGAACAAGAAAAGCCAGAACGCAGCGCGGGCGAGGAACAUCCAGCUUGCAGUGACAAAAUCGAAGGAAACGAAAGACGGUUCAUCUGCCGCUCUGAAGCAGGAGCAAACGAUGAAAAGUAAGAACUCGACAGCCAAAUCGAACAAUUCUAGGUACAACAAUAGUAACGAGCGCGCCGCCAGUCCGGAACAAGACUCUUCAGCUACCGGAAAAAUGUCAAAUGCUGCGCUCGUGCACCACCCGAACAAUUAUUCGGAAGCAGACAACUACGAGAGCAACAGUAACCGGCCUUCUACAGCCCUGUCGCAGUCCGGCUCCGAGCAAGUCGUGUUUUCGCCGGAAUCGCGGACCGCAAGUGCAACGUUCGAUACGGAAGUACUAGACGUUGGUAGUUCAUCUUCGCAACAACUGUUGUGCCAAAACGCGGUAUCAACCGCCGUUCCAACGCGUAAGCCGAAAAUCGCGUCGGCGAGCAGUCCGCAACUGAGUCCAAUCCGUGGCAGGUCGCCGGAGAAGAGGGGAGCAGGAGCAGGUGCUGUUGUUCCGACGGUGAAACUAGCUAACGGCGAAAAUGUUGAUCAUGAUCAGAAAAUAAACACAAAGGACCACAAUCCGAAUCUGCUGCUUUUAACCACCACCGCAGCGGACGACCACAUGGGCCACCAGCAGCACAGCGGAGAUGUUGUUGUUCAACAUGAUCACUCUGUUGGCAACAACUUCCAUUUGAGCAGUGGGGAUAAAGAAGUAUUAAAGCCUACUUCAACGUCUCAGACGAACAAAGGAACAGAAACCUGCAAGAAGCAGCUUCCCGUUGUCCCGCAACAUGAUCUUCACAACGGGACUACCACCAGCACGACAAAGACAGACGACAGCACCUCCAGUGACAACAACAAUAAUGGUUCCCCAGACCGCAACUACAGCACAAGAACCCAGAACCUGUCUGCUCGCAACGAGGAUCACAGCUCGGCGUCUUCCUCCGUCGGAGUGCUCGAUAAUCAGAUUAUUAACAAUGACGAUGAUGUAGCAUUAAAUCCCCCACAGGUCCUCGUGGACCAGAACCCCAUGAACACGCUCGGCGACUACGUGGACCAGUGCCUCCGCGAGAUCCAGCAAAUGUGGUCCCGCCUGGGCGGUCGGCGGAAGGUCGGGUACGACGAGGACGUGUUUUUGUCGGAGGCGAAAACCGCGGACCGGAACUUCGCGCUGGCGUAUUACUUGAAGGAGAACCGAGCCUACCCGGAUUUAGUGAACGGUUCCCACUGCGGACGCGACUCGCUGGUCAAUGAGGUGCUGGACUUCUACUUCAAGCUCUGCGCGCUCACCGUCGACUGCGAGACCCUCGCGAUCGCCGCCGCGACGCUGGCGAACGGGGGGGUGUGUCCGACCACCGGGGAACGGGUUUUGAAGACGGAAACCGUGAAGCACAUUCUCAGCAUGAUGUACAGCUGCGGCAUGUACGACUACUCGGGCGAGUUCGCGUUCCGCAUCGGCCUCCCGGCGAAAUCCGGCGUGGCGGGGGGUAUCAUGGUGGUCGUGCCGAAUUUGCUCGGCUUCGCGACCUUCUCCCCCCCGCUGGAUAAGUACGGCAACAGCGAGCGGGGCCGCGAGUUUUUCUCUCGCCUGAUCAACGUGCGCAGGUUCCACAAUUUCGAUAUCACCGAGUCCGGGGGCGGCUUUGGAGGAGGAGGUGCCGGAACAACGAGUACGGGAGGUGGCGGUGCUAAUAUUUCUGCCGCAAUAGGUGGACCUGGACCGGCCGGCGGCGGCGGUGGACCGCAGCAACGAACCUCGCCAACCACCACCGCCACAGAUCAGCCGCCGCGAACGAGUUUGAUUGGAUCCGACCGGGGGGACACCCUGCCGGCGUGGCUGUUCGACCCGAAAAUGCACCUGAUCCAGCUAGCGGCGGUGGGUGACCUCGUCAGCUUCAACCGCAUGCGGCUGUCGGGGACCACCGACUUCUACGGCCAGGACUACGACCAGCGCACGCCCCUGCACCUCGCCGCGUCCAACGGGCACUUGUCCGUCGUUCGCUUCUUGCUCGACAAUGGCCACCCUCUGGACAUGAAGGACCGGUGGGGCGGCACGCCGCUCGACGACGCGUUGCGGGAAAACCACGAAACCGUGGCAAACUUUCUCAUGCUGCACUACCAGCGGUUGCAGGGAUAAUUUGAUCAUGAUGUUGAGAUAAACUAACCAGUAGUACAACGGAUUUUUUUCAAGAGUCAGCUUCAUGAUGGGCCACGACUACGUACUGGCAAGAUUGAACUGGUGACAGGAAGCUGUUCUGGAGCUUUUCUUGUGUGCUGACGGGUUCAGCUUGGACAGUGAUAUUGACACGAGACCGAAAAAGACGUGGAACAAAACUUCUGCCCGUCUAUGUAAGUAUAAAACUUCGGUUCCGGUCGAUCAGCAUGUGUGCGUCGAUACGACUUUUCCUCUUGUCAGAAAGGACAUGAUGUGGUGACUUGGGUUGAACAUGUUCGUAGUUAUCUUUUCGUUCUUCAUAGCACGCGCAGCGGAGGACAAGC